CCCGUCUUCCGCCCGCUGUCUGGAGGUCCUCGGAGCUUCUGUUUCCGGGUGCGGCUUCUGUCACAAAGCCUAGACCUCCCUUCUCAGGUGGCGUCACGGGUCCUCUGCGCCGCGCCCGAGGUCAGCAAGCAAGGACGGGCGCUUCCCAGCCUGCGGCCGGAGCCGGGCCUCGCAGCUCGGGACUGCAGCUCAAGCGACACGUUCCUUGGCCCACACCUGUCUCCGAGUCACGCUCCGCCCUGUGAGGUGCAGCAUUUGACAAGUCAUUCCCCAGCCCCCACAUGUCACGUCCCCAGUUUCGGAGUUAACAGUCCUUAACUUUGAGAUUCCCUUCCUCUGCCUCAUAAGUCUUUUUUUUUUUAUUUUAUUUUAUUUUUUUAACCCUAGUUGAUUUUGCUCGUGUAAAAUUAAAUUUUGGGGUGCCAUGCAGAAAGAUUAAGACUCAGCACCUCUUUGAUAUAAAACAAGUUCAUGCUCGGUAGAGUAUUUGUGAGAAAAGUGAAUCCCAGUACACACAGGAUACCAUGGCUGAGCACGGGGCUCAUAUCACAACUGCUGCGGUGGCGGACGACCAUCCAUCCAUCUUUGAGGUGGUAGCACAGGACAGUUUAAUGACAGCAGUGAGACCCGCUCUUCAGCAUGUGGUCAAGGUUCUUGCAGAAUCAAAUCCUGCGCACUAUGGCUUCUUUUGGAGGUGGUUUGAUGAAAUCUUCACUCUGUUAGACUUUCUGCUCCAGCAGCAUUAUCUUUCUAGAACCAGUGCCUCAUUCUCUGAACAUUUUUAUGGCUUAAAGCGGAUUGUGUCAGGGAGCUCCCAGCAGCUUCAGAGACCAGCCAGCGCUGGUCUUCCCAAGGAGCACCUUUGGAAAUCUACCAUGUUCCUUGUUCUUCUUCCCUAUCUGAAAGUGAAGCUGGAGAAGCUGGCUUCUAGCUUGCGAGAAGAGGAUGAAUACUCUAUCCACCCUCCUUCUUCACACUGGAAACGAUUCUACAGAGCCUUCCUGGCAGCCUACCCAUUUGUUAAUAUGGCCUGGGAAGGCUGGUUUCUUACACAACAACUUCGAUACAUUCUCGGAAAAGCCGAGCACCACUCUCCCCUGCUGAAACUGGCUGGAGUUCGGCUGGGCCGACUGACAGCUCAGGACGUAGAAGCCAUAGAGCACAGACUGUCUGAAGCCAGUGCCGUGAAGGACCCCAUCCGAAGCAGCGUUGGGGAGAAGAUAAAGUCAGCUCUGAAGAAAGCUGUGGGUGGUGUCGCCUUAUCCCUCUCCACUGGCCUUUCCGUGGGUGUAUUCUUCCUGCAGUUCCUCGACUGGUGGUACUCUUCUGAGAACCAAGAAACCAUCAAAUCACUAACUGCUCUGCCUACCCCACCACCACCUGUACACCUAGACUACAACCCUGAUUCUCCCUUGUUACCCAAAAUGAAGACAGUGUGCCCGCUGUGUCGUAAAACUAGGGUGAAUGAUACAGUUCUUGCCACCUCUGGCUAUGUGUUCUGUUACCGCUGUGUGUUUAAUUAUGUGAGGAGUCACCAAACCUGUCCCAUCACAGGCUAUCCAACAGAAGUCCAGCAUCUAAUUAAACUCUACUCUCCAGAGAACUGAAAGAGAUUAGCAUAUUAUCUCCCAGCUCAAGUUUUCUCCCAUAAGGCCACAAGACUGUUUUCAGUAUGGCAAACAACAAUGAUACUUCCCUAAUUCAUAACUACAUUGAUUUUCAGUAACUAUAUGGAUUCCUUUAAAAGGAUGUAUCCACUUGGUCCUAGCUUUUUGGUUUGCUCUCUACCAAGCUGGUUAUGCAGGAGAAUCAGGAUUGCAGGUGGUGUGAAGGCCAACGUGGAGGUGGAUUAAAGAUCACUACAAGUGUUGCUUGUUCUCAAGAGUAAGAUUUUGAGCUGAAUGUGGUAAUGUGAUAUUUGCUCUCAGAUGGAGGCAUGAUUCUGAGUUCAAGGCCAGCUUAGGCCACCAGAGGGAGACUGUCAAAAAGGUAAAGUGAAAGUGAGAGACCAUGAUUAAGAGGGAUACAAGCUCACAGGAAAAGCCAGGUUAGACCUUAUCCAAGAGGUGGUUUGGAAACAGGCUCUCUUUACAAAGUAUUUUUCUUUUUUUUUUUUCCACAAGAAAGGAAGAUACAAC